UCCACUAUGACAUCGUCCGCAAUUUAAUCGCAAGUGUGUCGCGACGUGAACAGCGCGUCAUGACGGGAGGUCCAGACGCGGAUGACGAGACUAAGAGAUCAUGAUUGCGGCGAGAGCACUGGCGGGAUCACUGGACGCAUCCCCAAAGGCCCAAAGGCGAUCCGACCGGCCGACUGGUUGCCCCGGACAACCUCGCCGCCCACACUCUGUUUACACCCUCCCUCCUCGGAUCUCCAGCCGUUUGGUAACGGCGCAGGCGGAUUUACUUGGGCCAUGCAGUGGGGGAAUGCUGACGCUUGUCGUCCGUUGUCGAGCUUUGGAAGACUUCAAAUUCCCGGUCUACCCACCUGAGGUUGGCUCCGGUGUUUGCUGUUGCUGCCGCUGCGUGUCGUUUUCUCUUCUCUUCCCUUCUCUUCUGCUCUGCUCUGCUCUGCUCUGCUGUGCUGUGCUGUGCUGUGCUGUGCUCUUCUCUUGUUACAUGUUGGACUUUGUUGCUUUGCAUUCUUGUUGCUCGUCAAUGUCUUCUGUUCCUUCCUCGUGCAUGUCCUUGCUGCCGCCUUGCUUUGCAUGAAAUUCAUCCCAUCCCGUUUUCUCGCUUUCCUGCCUUGCGACCGACUCCCACAAUCACCAUUACUAGAGUAGUAUCGUCGUGCUGGGGCAUUUCACCGUGAGU